UUACAAUUACGAUUUUGUAGAAAGAAAAUUUUAAGCUGAAAGAAGGGUAUCAGCUUGGGCUUGCUUUCAGUGUAGAUAGAAAAUACAUUUUGUUUGUUUGUUUGUUUGGGGUUUUUUUUUUUUCCCUUUUUAUCUUGUUUUUCUUUAAAAAUAGGUUCUACUAGGGAACCAACAGAUGGGUCAAAUAACAAAGAAUGGUUAAAAAUGAGUAACAGAAUACACCAACAUUAAUGAGUGUAAAAACUCAUUUCCAAUUUUCUUUUCUUGUGGAAAUUCAUGACAACCUGCCUUUCAUAGGGUUUUUAAAAAGUAAAGUUUGGUGAUAGCAAAAUCUGUCACCAUCCCAUAGUUGUAAGAAACAGUAGUAAGUAGAGUAAGGCUGAGUCACUUCAAACUGAGGAGCCUGCACCUAAUUUUCUGUUUUAAAAAAGAAGUCCUUUGGUAGUGGUAGCAAUACUGACAAGAGAGAAAGAAUAGUCUAACAGCCUCUUGUAACCCAAAUAACUGUACCGAUCUAUGUAUUUCUUGCUGUGACUGCUGCACGUCUGCUUGGCCAAGAGAGGCAUCCUCAGAUAUCGAACAAAACAAGAAAAUAAAAUCUUUCUUAAGGAUUAUGCUUGAUGAUCGCACAGACUGAGGUUAUCAAGUGGGAGGACCUAGGCUAGGACAAGGUGUCUCUGUUCCUUCCUCCAGGUCCCCUUACUACUAGAGUAUGGACACUGGCCUCAUGGCUUGGCUUUCCGUAUAACCCCAAUUUCAGUGUUACUAGGUGUGGCAAAAAGUUUAGAAACAGUAAUACAUAUACUGAGAAGUUUGACCCGAGUCAUGAAAAGUCAAGCAAGAGCCAUGAGAAGUCAGAUGGUAGCCAGAUGAAACAAGAUAGAUUGGCGACAAGUCAGACUGGAGCCAUAACAAGAUCAGAACAUGGCUGUAAUCAAGUGUACAGUGGGAGUGGGAAUGGGAUCAGGAUGGAUAGGCCUGAUAAGACAGACAGAGGAAGAGGACAAGAUACUGCUGCCAUCUCCUCGAGCAGUCUUAAGUUCAGACCAAGAAAGAGGUAAGCUGAAGAGAGGGAGUUAGAGCCCAUGGGCCAGCUCAUGCUCAGGUGCAGUGUGGCUUGAUGGGCAGUAACAUUGGCAUGACUAUAGACCACUCUUCCAGCAGUGUCCAACCCCAUUCCCAGGGGCUAUCCUCCUGGUAACGCUACGGUUCCCUAACCAGAAUCAAACAGUAGGACAAACCCCUGACUCUUUGCACCCCUGGCGGUUUUCUUUUUCUUUUUUUUUUUUUUAAAGAUUUAUUUAUUUAUUAUAUGUAAGUACACUGUAGCUGUCUUCAGAUACUCCAGAAGAAGGAGUCAGAUCUCGUUACAGAUGGUUGUGAGCCACCAUGUGGUUGCUGGGAUUUGAACUCCGGACCUUCGGAAGAGCAGUCGGGUGCUCUUACCCACUGAGCCAUCUCACCAGCCCCCUGGCGGUUUUCUUACAGCCCCCUUUCCAUCUUUUCUUCUUUUGCUCUACCCUGGAGAUUACAUAGAUGUUAGCCAUACUAGGCAUGCAUCCUUCCUACUGGCCUACUCCUCAAACUCCUUGGUGUCUUUAAUAACACUGUUGCUAUGGGAGAAAACAGGACGGUGUUUGAAACCGUAUUUUAGCACAGAUCCUAGGUGUGCAGCAUAGGAGAUAUUUGUGACUGGUUACCAUAGCCAUUCCUGUUGGUCUGGUCAUAGAGCUGUCUCUUGGAGCUCUAUAACAUUUACAGUAUUAGACAUGAAACCAAAUAGUUUUGAAAUACUUGAACAAUAGACAAAAACUUAUAUAAGUAGCACAAUUUAAUUUAACUCUAAACAAUAACAUAUAUGAGAAUGCUGUCUCCUUUGUUUUGCAAGUUGUUUUGAUGCUUAGGAGAAAAAAUUGGGAGCUGAACUGUCUUUUAUUACUGUACUUUAUAUGUUUACAUUUUGAGUUUCAGUUCUGGGAGAUACAGUCCAUUAUGGGGAAGAUACGGGGGAGAUUUAAGUGACGGUCAUCCUGGAACUGUAGUCAAGAGGCAGAGAAAUGGAUGCUGAUGAUUAUGGCAGCCUUUGGAACGGUGCCACACACUGAGUAGCUUAUCCUACCUCAUUAACCUAGGCAAAACUCUUACUGCUAUUGCUGUCAUUCUUACCAACUUUGAUGAUGGCAGGCCUCUUCUCAGUAAGAGAGGCAAGAAGAAUCAUCCAGGAAAGGAAUACAAGGAUGAGACCAUUAAACGCAGAGGAAGUAAUAUGGACAAGAAGGAAGAUGGACACUCAGAGUCAUCCACGUGUGGUGAAGAACCCAGUAUUUCAGGAACUCCGGAGAAGAGUAGCUGUACUCUGUCGCAGCUGUCUAGCGUCUGCCCUAAGAGAAGAAAAAUUUCUGUACAGUACAUUGAAAGUAGUGAUUCAGAGGAAAUCGAGACAAGCGAACUGCCCCAGAAAAUGAAAGGCAAGCUGAAAAAUGUACAGUUAAAUACUAAAAGUAGAGUAAAAGGAUCAUCUAAGGUUAAGGAAGAUUCAAAAUUUGCACUUACUUUUUUUGCCUCUGCAACACAAAGGAAAAUGUUGAAAAAAGGCAUGUCUAUGAUGGAGUGCUCAGAGGCAUGUGACACUGGAGAGAGGACAAGAGCAACACUGAUCAUCUGUCCACUCUCUGUGCUCAGCAACUGGAUUGACCAGUUUGGACAACAUGUAAAAUCAGAAGUGCACUUGAAUUUUUAUGUUUAUUAUGGUCCUGAUCGUAUUAGAGAUUCAGCCUGGCUUUCAAAACAGGAUAUUAUUUUGACUACUUACAAUAUUUUAACUCAUGAUUAUGGAACUAAAGAUGAUAGUCCAUUGCAUAGCAUCAAGUGGUUAAGGGUGAUCCUGGAUGAAGGCCAUGCCAUUCGAAAUCCAAACGCUCAGCAGACAAAAGCUGUACUUGAGUUAGAGGCAGAAAGAAGAUGGGUAUUGACAGGUACUCCUAUCCAGAAUUCUUUAAAGGACUUGUGGUCUCUUCUGUCCUUCUUAAAACUUAAGCCAUUUAUUGAUAGAGAGUGGUGGUAUAGGAUCAUACAGCGUCCUGUCACUACAGGAGAUGAGGGAGGACUUAGGCGUUUACAGUCCUUAAUAAAAAAUAUCACGCUUAGAAGAACAAAGACAAGCAAAAUUAAAGGGAAACCUGUUUUGGAGUUGCCAGAAAGGAAAGUAUUUAUUCAGCACAUUACUCUGUCAGAAGAAGAGAGAAAGAUUUAUCAGUCUGUUAAAAAUGAAGGCAAAGCUGCCAUUGGAAGGUAUUUUACUGAAGGGACUGUCCUUGCACACUAUGCAGAUGUCUUGGGUCUUCUGCUUAGAUUGCGGCAGAUUUGUUGCCAUACCCAUCUUCUUACAAACGGAAUGUCUUCAAGUGGCCCCUCCAGAAGUGACACGCCUGAAGAGCUGAGAAAGAUGUUAAUAGAGAAGAUGAAGAUAAUUCUGAGCUCUGGUUCAGAUGAGGAAUGUGCAAUCUGCCUGGAUUCCUUAACAUUUCCUGUGAUAACCCACUGUGCACACGUGUUCUGUAAACCUUGUAUCUGUCAGGUCAUUCACAGUGAGCAGCCACAUGCAAAGUGUCCUUUGUGCAGAAAUGAGAUACAUGGAGAUAAUCUAUUAGAAUGUCCUCCCGAAGAAUUGGCAUGUGACAGUGACAAAGAGUCCAGUAUGGAAUGGAAGUCCAGCUCAAAGAUUAAUGCUCUAAUGCAUGCUUUGAUUGAAUUACGGACAAAGGACCCCAACAUAAAAAGUUUAGUUGUUUCUCAGUUUACCACAUUCUUGUCUUUAAUAGAAACACCUCUUAAAGCCUCAGGAUUUGUGUUUACUCGUUUAGAUGGUUCCAUGGCUCAAAAGAAAAGAGUUGAAUCAAUUCAGCGUUUUCAAAACACAGAAGCAGGAUCUCCUACGAUAAUGCUACUGUCCUUAAAAGCAGGUGGAGUUGGCUUGAAUCUCUGCGCAGCUUCUCGAGUGUUCUUAAUGGAUCCCGCCUGGAAUCCUGCUGCAGAAGAUCAGUGCUUUGACCGGUGCCAUCGACUUGGCCAGAAGCAAGAGGUGAUCAUCACAAAAUUCAUUGUGAAGGACUCUGUGGAAGAAAAUAUGUUGAAAAUACAGAACACGAAGCGAGACCUUGCAGCUGGAGCCUUUGGCACUAAGAAAACAGACGCCAAUGACAUGAAACAAGCUAAAAUCAACGAAAUCAGAACUUUAAUUGACUUGUAACUUGUGGGGUGUUUCUAAGGUCAGUUUGAACAGACACUUAAGUCUUACAGAUGAAAAAUACAUAUUUAAGGAUGGCAUCUAGAGAAUACUUUAUGGGGGGCAUAUUUUAUGUUAAUACAGUAGUGUUACUGACACAUCUUCUAUACCUGAAUCUCUUUUUAUGAUACUUCACACAGCAGUGAGUUCCAUUGUAAACCGGCCUGAGACACAUGUGCAUAGAGGGCCCUUUGCUCUCCAGGUUGGCAUUCCCUUGCUGAGGGUAUUUUCCUACAUUUCCCAUGUUUCCCACAUCUUCACUGAAGUGUGGUUGAAGCUUCUACUUGUAACCACUUACUCACCAAAGCCUUUUGGUAAUGAUUCAGUGAAUCUACAGUCCUUGUAAAUUAUGAACAAGUAUAUACAGACUAUAAGAAAGAUUUUACUGGAUGUUCAAAAAUUAUACUUGCAUUCAUAACUAAACCUUGACUAAAACACCAAAGUUCAGAGGGCAAGUUAAUUUUUCUUUGUUGAGAUAUAACAAAUAUGUGACUUUCCAUAUGUGUUUAGAGAAAAUUUAGAGAAAAAAAAAAGCAUUGUGUGUUCAUUUUAGUGAAGUGGUGCAUUCAUUAUUUAAAUGUGAUGAUAGAGGCACAAGGUGUAAAUGGUAUGUAGGGGUGAAGGAACCAGUUCUACCUGGUUUGUCUUGAAUGCUUAUAUUAUGUAAUUUAAAUAGAUAUUUUUGUAAGUGCUCUCUAUUUAUGUAGGUGUUUUGGAAAUCCAACUUUAUAAAUGUAAUACAGAGACUACUGCUGAACCUGAGAAGUGUGAUAAUCAGGAUGGAAAUUGGGUUGGAUAACCUUCAAAGUUCAACUCUUAAAGACAUUUUAAUCCCGAAUCUAAAAAUGCCUUUGUGAGUUUAGAAUCCGAAUUUAACUUUGGAAUUUUAUUAAUUGAUCUCUUCAUUUUUUUAAACCCUUUUUUGGGAAGUUAAUGACUAUGACUCAUAGUUAAAACAAAGACGCAGUCAGGGUAUAUAACAAUAGCUUUCUUUUCUGUUGUUGUUUUUGAAUCCAGAGACAAGAUGACUAAGAAGAAGCUUUAUGGCUUAUGAUAUAAACUGAAGAACAACUGAGACUGUAUUUAUGCUCUGAGAGUCUUACCUGACUAAGAGAGAUGAUAGAUACCCUUCUAAAUCCUCACAGAAUCCUCCCCAGCCUGUUAGUCCUCCGAGGGGACAGGACUAGCCGGCAAGCAUCUUCUCAGCUCCCUUGCUCGGGCAGCCAGGCGAGGCAGAGUAGCAUUCAGGUCAGGUUUUCUGUAGCGGUGAAAGUGGAAUAACUGGGAGUGGCCUGCUUGGGUGAGUAGCCCAUAGGAUUUGUAGGACUAGUAUCACAUACAAAUCAAGUCUCAUUAUGUAUGGCAUUGGAGUUCUUUAGUUCCUAUACACAGUGAAAUUAAGUGUAAACUAGUUAUGGCCCAAAUAAACAAGAAAGAAACUCAGUUUACUCAUUUUAAUUACAAAUAAACUGAGGUUCCAAAGUGAAGGCCAUGUGCGUCUUGUCCAGAAAACUACAGAGCUAUCUAUGCUUUAAAACAUGAGAACAAUCAAAUUUGGUGUUAAUAAAAAAAGUGAAUUCUAAGAUAUAUGAACCCCUGGGAUGAGGGAUGCUGCGCUCUGCUGUUUUACUACUUAGAAAUGUACUGAAAAUAUUAUAUUUCAAAUUGUGUUUCCAACUGGAUUCUUCUUUAAAUUAAAAAAAUCAAUAAAAAUCUAAAAAUUUA